UUCCUCUGAUAACCUGAGCUGUGCCACCGUAGACAUGUAAGGAAGAAAACCGCCAAAGCCUCCUCGCCGCCGCUAAAAGAGUCCCAAACAACACCGAACGCUAAACCUAAAACCCUAACCACGGUGGCUUUUUCUCUAUACACAGUCUAACUACUGUCUUAUCAAUGGCGAAAUCGACUCCAGCACUCGACCCCGAUGGUACGACCUCGUAUAACGCCGUGUUCGUAGACACCAACCUCGACACUCACUUGGCCACGAUCGUCUCCGACUCCGAUACCGUUUCCGAUCUCAAGCAGAAGAUAAUGCAUGAACACCCACUGUGCUUUCCUCAAUUUGGGGAGAUAAAAAUCAAUGCUUUGAAGAUAAAGCGCAGAGGGUGUUUUUAUCAUUUACCAGAAUCCAUUUUAGUGAAAAGUGCCUUUCGCGGUGUCAAUAAAAGUUGGUUCAUUAGUGUUGAUGCUUCGAGUCUAAAGGAACAUGAAGAUAAUAGGCAUUUACUCAAUCCUGAAUCUAACAACAUGGUUGCUUGCGUUGGUACAAUCAGUAAUUUUUCUGCUAAUGGGGUUAAUCUUCUUCCUGAUGAUCAUCCCGAAAAGUUGUCCAAUAUUGUUGGGAACUACCACCUGAAAUGGAAAGCCCCUGGAGCCAACCAGUUGGCUUUUGAAGUUGCUGACAGAGACAUGGCAGAGAAUUUGGAGAUAGAAGUUGAACCUACAGGUGAUGAUCAUAACAAAGUUAAACCUCUUGAUGCUGAUAAUAGGUUGGAUUAUCAUAUACAGGAGAGAGAUGAACAAUAUGAUGACGAAAAUGAAAUUCGGAAAGCACCAAUUGGAGGUAGAGAAAUCAGCUCCAGGAAUGAAGUUGGUGAUGUACAGGGCAGCAUACUGCCAGAAAGCAGUUUAGAUACUGGCUCUCAUGUGAAGAAAAAACAUAAUGGUAAAAAGAAAAAAAGACAUGUUGUACAUGACCUUGCUCUAAAAGAAAUCGAUGUCACAUUGCCUGUAUCUGAUAAAGAUGAACCGCAGCAAGAGAUUUUGAUGUCAAAAACUUCUAUGAAAAAUGUACAUGAAAUAGUUUCUCACGAUACUGUGACAUGUAAUAAGAAUAUUACUGAUGCCACUACAGGGGCAAGCUCUAAAGUGCAAGGGACAAGCUCUAAAGUGCAAAGGGCAAGCUCUAAAGUGCAAAGGGCAAGCUCUAAAGUGCAAAGGGCUGCUAUAUUGAGUGAGGGUACUGGAGAGCUAGGGAAGCAUAUUACGGGCAAGAAUGAUGAAUUCGGGAAGAAUAAUGAUGAUGUGCAAUAUGAUAUGUCAAUGGAAGAUACUUUACAAUCAGAGCCUGUGGCAAAUAAAAAACGUAAAAUUGAAAAGGAAAACAAAGGUGGUGAAGAUUUAUUGAAACAAGAUGAAACUUUGAUUUCCAAUUCUCAUGAAGAGAUGCUUAAGCCUUGCACAAUCUCACAGAAAAAUACAAAUGUAACUUUUGAAGGUCCGUCUAUUGAAACUUCAGAGGCUGUGGAUCCAAGUAGUAGGAAGCGGACAAGGAAAAGGAAAAAGAAAUCAUCAGAUACUCCUAAUCAAGAAAUUGCUGUAGUUUCUUCUUCUGGGACAAUUGCUUGUAACGAGUGUCUUGCGGACCCCAAAGAUUUGGGUGAAGAACUGGUCUCCAGAAAGCAUUUCCAGGCUCUAAUAGAUUCUGAGAUUGAUGCAGUCUCUCUGAAAGAAAAGCAUGGGGAUUCUGUCCAAGAUGGAGGUAAAAGACCCUCUUCCCAAGAAUUUGAUAUAAACAACUCAUAUACUGGCAUUGUGGAAAGUGUGCACCAUGCCUCUGGAUCAGCAAUUGCAUCAAACACCAAAGGCAUUAGAGUUUCAAAGGAUCACCAUGCUAAUAACAUGGAAGACAAUCCGAAUCUGGAGGUCCAAGAAUCUGAUCAAGUUGAAGAAGAACGAGACUUGCUUAAUUUUUCUCUUAAACCCUCAGAAAAGAACAAACCAUCUGAUCAAGAUGAGAUAGGCAUGAAAAGUAGUGAAACUGUGAAUCCAAUAAACUCAUCAAAGAAAAAAAAGAAGUCUGAAAAAACGAAUGAGUUUGCAAGUGCAACACCAUCCACCUCUGUUACAGAGCAUACUAAAGGUUUUGUUAGCGAGUUAUAUCAGAAUGAACCUAAUAAAGCAAGCAAUGGAGAUCACUCUGGUGAUAAUAUUAAUAAAGAGGAAAGCAUUAUUCCUCCUAAGGCGGGGACCGAAGUAUCUGAAAUAGAUACAAUGAGUACUACAUUUUUGGCUUCUGAUAAGGAAAUUGAUGAUGUGAUUAAGAAUGCAGUAGAAUCAGUGCAGCAAAUUGGAAAAGGACAAAUGCAUGCUGAAAAUAGUGAAGGUAAAUCAAGAAAGAAAAAAAAGAAGCAGAGGUCAGAUGCAAGGAAUAUUCCAGAAUCAGCAAAAGAAAAUGAGAAUUUUGGUAGUAAGGUUCCUGCACCAUCUGCUGAUAACACAAGGGAGGUGGAUUAUUUGUCUAAAGAGAUGAAACAGGGUAACUUAGCAAAUAAAGAUUCCAUAAAUCAGUUAAAUGAAUCAAAUUUGGAGGGUGAAAAAAGCACUAGGGUAGAAAAUGAUCCCCUUGAUAUUCAAUCUUCCCAAAAGCGCGGGGAAAUUGGUUUUUAUGGUGAUGUGGCCGUGAACAAAGCUCCUAAAGCAAAGGUAGUAAAUGGUGAAAUUAAAACCAAAAAGGAGAAUAAGAAGCAUGAUAAACAUUCUCAUGGCCCUUCAUCUGACUUACAGAGUUCACUAAUGUUGAAUGAAAACUGUGGGGUUGGAGCAAAGCCUCAAGCUGGCAACUCUAGCACUGUUGACCUUCAAGGUUCAUUGUCAAAUACAGAGUCUGAAAAGACCAUGCUCCACUCAAACGAGGAGCCUUUGCAAGUUUCUGAUAAUGGAGUAAAAUCUCUGCCAUCAAGCAAGUCUGGUAAGCUUAAUUCUGUUCCUGAAGAAGCUAGUAGAUCCAGUGUUGUCAAGCCCUCUGUCAUUGUUGCUCGUUCAAAGACCAAAAUGGCUGAAUCAAAUUCUAGCUUGGGAAGUUCUAAAAAUAUUGGUCUCUUAAAUACAAAAAGUAGCGAGCGAAAAUCAAGUAAGGACCCCAAUCGAAUGGAUGGCAGAAAUACAUCCACAAUUAAUUCUGGGGAUGUUGUAAAUUCCUCGCAACAUAAAAAGAGCUUGAUAGGAUCUCCCGGUUCAAUAUUCAAGGAUGACAGUGAGGGAGCUUCUUCAAUCAAAGAUGAUACUUCGGAUGCAAGCACCAGAACUCCAUCAGAUAAUUCCUUGUCUUCUGACUACUCGGAUGGAGAAAGCAAUGCAGAUUUGAACUCGUCACAGAACGGAUCUUACAGCUGGAAAAGAAAUGUGGGUGGUGGAAAAGCAUUUAAAAAACCUAUCGAUCAUGGCAUAACCCUGGAUAUGAUUCUUAGAAGCUCAAGCAGCUAUAAGAAGGCCAAGCUAACAGCUUCUCAAAAUGCAGCGGAUACUGAAAGCCAGCCUGUUGAUUUCGUUCCUGACAGCCAAGGAAACACUUGAUCACCCUCUCCUUUGUAUUAUCUGAGUCCAGGAGUUGUGUAAGCGAAGCUUCAGGCAAUUCUUGAGAUUUUUGUUUUGACCUUGUUGAUUUUCUUGAAUUCAAUUCACUUUGUUGGAAAACAAACAAGUUCAAGAAGUUGGUGCUAUAUUGAUUUUUCACAUGAUGGACACCAAGCAAGAUGACAUUCUCAAGUUUCCCUCUUUAUACCAUUUUAGUAAAUGAUAAGUAGAAUUAAGCCUUUAACCUUUAAGAAUUCUAUUCCUGAUUAUUUACUUUUUGUUUGAAACAUGAACUUAAAGAAAACCUGCUUUUUCUUUUUC